CAUGUAUUUCUUUUUUAAGGCUAUAAUGAGAUGUGUUUCUAAUUUUAGAGUAAUGGCAUCCACUUCGAGAGCUAAUAACGAGGCAGCAAAAUGGACUCAAAGCGAACAAGAUUAUCUCUUGAAAUUAAUGGUUGAACAAGUGAAAGUUGGUAAUAAGAGUUCUAGCACUUUCAAUAAAGGUGGGUGGAACAAUAUCAAGAAGGGGCUUGAGGAAAAAUUUAAUCGGUCAUUUACGAUGGUUCAAUUAAGGAAUAAGAUGAAUAAAAUGCGAUUCGAUUACAGCGCUUUCAAGAGACUACUGGAUACUACAGGUUUUGGUUGGAAUUCCGUGACGAGGACCUGUACAGUUGAAGAUGACAGUGUUUGGGAUGUACACAUCAAGGCAAAUCGUGAUUGGUCAAAGUUUAGGAGGAAUGGGCUACCACAUUGGCCUGAACUAUGUAUAAUUUUUGGGGAUUCAUAUGCUAGUGGGAUAGGCGGAUUCGGGAAUGAAUCUGAUUUCAGGUUUGAAGAGGAAUCGAGAGGUGUUGAUGAUGAGGUGGAUGCAGAUGUAGAUGUAACUCCAACUACUCCAUUGGCUAAUACCUUGCAGACAAGUUAUUAUGAAAGCCAAGAUCCAGGAACUGAUCGUCCUAGAGUCAACAGAAGACUUGAUAGGACACCUACAGGAUAUAGGAAGAAGAGUAGGACAACUGGUAUUGAACGCGCCAUACAGAGUUACAGACCCUAACCGAGUCAGUAGCAAACAAGAAUACUUCAACCCCUAGCUCAACUCCAAUGGGUCUCACUCUAAAUACCACAGAUUUCAGCACUUCUACUUGUGUUAGAUUAUUGGAAACUAUGAAUGAUAUCCCAAGAGAAUUGCAUAUUAAGGCGUGCAAGAUGAUAUUGGUGGAUCGGGAAUGGAGAGAAUUAUUCAUUACUCUCAAGGAUGAAACGAAACAAUUGGCUUUUGAUGUGUUAGAUUGAUGGAUGAUAAUCUAACAUUUUUUUUUUUAAUAUGGAUGAUUGUAAUGAAAUACAUUUAAGACCUUUUGUAGUAGGAUCGAUAUAUUUUGUUAGUUACACUUGAUGUAAAAGUGUAAUAUGGAUAUUUACACUUUAUGCUACUUUUCUAAAUAUGCCAGUUAAAUUUUACUAUUAUUGUAGCAAUGAUUCUGUUGGAUGCCUUUUUGUUUUAAAUACUUAUUACAUCAUCUGAUAAUUAGGGCAUGUUGGAUGAUUAUAGUUUUAUAGAUCUUUUGGAAAAUUUGUAUUAGGGGAUAAACAUUUGUAUGAUAUUAACAAGUUUAUAAUUUG